UGCGAAUAUCCAGUCGCAGGCAGCAGGAUUUGCGGCAAGACCUUCUCCACCACGGGCCAUUUGAGUCGACACGCACGCGGGCACACUGACGAUCGACCUCACGCCUGUGAGUUUCCCGACUGCGACCGGAAGUUUACUCGAGCUGAUAAUUUGAGAGAGGUGAGCUCCGUG